GAGCGGACGCCCGGCCCUCCGCCCCGGGCCGAAGGCCGCGGUCGGGGAGGGGGAUUCCGGGUGGGGGUGGGACACUGAGACCGCCAGUCGGAACGGGCCCAAACCUGGGAUGGGCGGGGACAGCCCAGGACUCGGGGGCUCCUGGGGUCGUCAUGGCAACGCGCCCCCCUCGCUCCCUCCCGCCGCCGCCUCCGUUCCGGGGCCUGGUAGCCGAGGCUUCGGGGUCUGACGGCUUCUAGGGAGCAAGGACAGGGCCGGCCGCGGUGUCGCUCCGGGGUCGUCGGGGAACAGUCAGGGUCGGCCGAUGACUUUUCAAGUUUGGGGUUGGCGGAGGGAGGACGCGUCUCAGGUUUUGGCCUGGGUGCCCGACGCCGGGGGCGGAAGAGGGGGCGUGAUGACGCGCAAGACCCCGGCUGCAAAAGACCCCACAGCUGUAGAGAGAGCAAACUUGUUAAACAUGGCUAAACUGAGUAUCAAAGGACUCAUUGAAUCUGCUCUAAGUUUUGGCCGCACUCUGGAUUCUGACUAUCCUCCCUUGCAGCAGUUCUUUGUUGUUAUGGAACAUUGUCUGAAACACGGUCUUAAAGUACGAAAAUCAUUUUUGAGUUAUAACAAAACCAUCUGGGGCCCUUUGGAACUGGUGGAAAAAUUGUACCCAGAAGCAGAGGAAAUAGGAGCCAGUGUCAGGGAUUUACCUGGUCUUAAAACACCCCUGGGUCGAGCAAGAGCAUGGCUUCGAUUAGCUCUCAUGCAGAAAAAAAUGGCUGAUUACCUACGUUGCUUAAUUAUUCAGAGGGAUCUCUUGAGUGAGUUCUAUGAGUAUCAUGCACUAAUGAUGGAAGAAGAAGGAGCAGUAAUUGUUGGGCUGCUGGUUGGCCUGAAUGUGAUAGAUGCUAAUCUGUGUGUGAAGGGAGAGGAUUUAGACUCACAAGUUGGAGUGAUUGAUUUUUCUAUGUAUUUAAAGAAUGAAGAAGAUAUUGGAAAUAAAGAAAGGAAUGUUCAAAUUGCUGCCAUAUUAGACCAAAAGAAUUACGUUGAAGAAUUAAAUAGACAACUGAACAGCACAGUCAGCAGCCUCCAUUCAAGAGUUGAUUCAUUAGAAAAGUCAAAUACUAAGCUGAUUGAAGAGUUAGCAAUAGCAAAGAAUAAUAUCAUUAAACUCCAAGAAGAAAAUCAUCAAUUACGAAGUGAAAACAAAUUGAUUUUAAUGAAAACACAGCAGCACCUAGAGGUUACCAAAGUAGAUGUGGAAACUGAGCUUCAAACAUAUAAGCAUUCUCGGCAGGGUCUAGAUGAAAUGUACAAUGAAGCCAGAAGGCAGCUUCGAGAUGAAUCUCAGUUACGACAAGAUGUGGAGAAUGAGCUAGCAGUACAAGUGAGUAUGAAACAUGAGAUUGAACUUGCCAUGAAGUUGUUGGAGAAAGACAUCCAUGAGAAACAAGAUACUCUGAUAAGCCUUCGACAACAACUAGAAGAAGUUAGCAUUAACAUAGAGAUGUAUCAAAAGUUGCAGGGUUCUGAAGAUGGCUUGAAAGAAAAAAAUGAAAUAAUUGCCCGACUAGAAGAGAAAACCAAUAAAAUUACUGUGGCCAUGAGGCAGCUGGAACAAAGUGACAACGAUUUGUUAACUCAAACUAGGACAAUUGCAAUGUCAUUGGUGAAAUGUGCCAGCAGUGACACUCAGGACCAGUACAAGCUGGUCAAAGAUAUAUCUUUCUGAAAACAACUUGUAUUUAAACAGACUAAAAGAGAAUCAACAAUUUUAUAAUAUAUUAAAUAGAAAAUAAUUUAUGCUGUUAAGUAUUCUAAAAGGGUAUUAAGAGCCCUGUACAUUUUUGGUCAGCUGCUGUGGUUAAUAAACACUGCCAUAAAACAGAGUGGGUGCACUUGGAUUUACAAAAAUACGUUCCUCAAAUCUUGUGCAAAAAGGCUGAUUUGAGUGUUGACCCUUUGGGGGUCAGGAUUUUCAAAUGUAGUUUUAUCUUUUCAGCUACUUUUUGAUGGAAAAUAUAAAAAUUGUUUUACAAUAAGUUAACCUUUGGUUUCACCAUGUGUGACACAGAUAUUUUUUCCCAUUGGCCCACUCAUUGCCUAAUGGCUCCCUUACUGAUUUUUUAAUAUGCUUUAAAAUAGUUUGUAAACCAGAUGGACAUGAUCAUGUGCUUUAGCAUCUCAAUUUUCUAGUUUUCCCUAGCACUCUUCUGUGAUAGCACAACUUCAAGGCCUACCUCACUCUGACUUUUAUUUUACUUUCUGUAACCUUAGAGAAAAGCUUGGGUCCACCCCUGCCACCUUAAUAUUUUAAUUUAGAUUUAGAGAUAACUUAAAUGUUACUCUCCUUUCCUUGAAAGCAGCACUUAUAUUCCUGAAAUAUGUAAGGGUUGCCUAAUUGAUUUGGUUUUAAGAAAGAAAGGAAGAGGCAGGUUUUUUUGGUUAGUUGAACAGAAAUUUCUCUUGUAAUUCCCUACAGGGAGUUAAUGGCCCUUGAAUCUUGGGAGAUAUUUUCUUAUAAAAAUAUUGAGGUUAAAUCUAAGAAGUCCUAGGUGGCCAAAGGAAGGCAGGGAGUGGAGCUAAGCACAGGGAAAAGCAAUGACUUACAAAUGAAAAUAGGAAAAAUAAAAAUCACAUUUGAGCUAUUUUUUAAUUCAACGGUGAGGAACCAAAAUGAUCUUUAGAGAAUGAUGCCAACUAGCACUAAGUUCUUUUUGAAUCUUAAAUAAAGUAUAUGUACUUGCACACACACACACACACACACACACACAGAGCUUUGGUAUAAUUCAGUAAAGACUCUAUAGGAAGAACUCGAUUAUCAUUUGAAGAAAUUGCAGGUCUUUGCUCUUGGCCUUGUAGCACACUUGAUUCCUGGCAUACACAUCCUAGCAUAAGGCUUCUUCACCUAGUGUAGACAUAAGUACUAUGCUUUUCAUGGUUUUCCAGAAAGGCAGUAAUAUACCUAUUAUACUUUGAAAUUUGAUUCAUUAUGCUCUACAUAAGUGGUAAAGGCUGUAUUGCUUUGCAUUGUUAAUUAUGAACAAGAAAUAAAACAAAUUUGAAGAUAGUAUUCUGGGCAUAUUAUAUGUUAUGUUGAAAAAAAACCACAAAACAAUUUCUAGACAUUGUGUGGCUCUUUCACGUUUGAGUUUGUGAGUUUUCUCCCAGACUUUGUUUUCAUUUAGAAAUGUUUCUAUUUCCCCAUUUUUCUUUUAUUUGUCUUCUUCACCCUUUU